CAUAUGCCAAGGAUCAAGGGGGUACUCGUAUAUUUUCUCUCAGAAAGGGUGGGAGAAUAAAAAAAGAAAAGAAAAUGCCGCUGAAAACUUUUGAUGCAACAGUCGCCAACUUCGAAUCAGCCUUCGAGAAAUUCAAGGCGGAGGGCUCCAAAGAUGAGCCCAAGUUCCUGCUUUUCUUGGCCGACAACGAUCCUUCUACCAAUCUUAGCUGGUGCUCUGAUUGUGUGAGAGCCGAGCCAGUUAUAAAUGAAAAGUUGUCUGCUUCAACCAAGAAUGUGGCACUUCUUAGAGCUUAUGUGGGAGAUAGACCCACAUGGAGAACCCCAAGCCACCCAUGGAGGAUCGAUCCAAGGUUCAAGCUCACUGGAGUUCCAACACUCAUUCGAUGGGAGAACGAUGAUGCUGCAGGACGGCUAGAAGAUCAUGAAGCCCAUAUUGGGAACAAGAUUGAUGCACUUCUUGCUUCUGAUUAAUGGCUGAGUUUCCAAUCAACUACUAGUACUAUUUAAGAGCACCAAUUGUGUAGAAUAAAUGUCACAGCUGCUACCUUGUGAGUGGAAGAUAAUGCAUCGACUUACUGCUGUUAAAAACGUUAUGAACUUUUUGGCUUUUGUGUGUCACGUCUUCCAUUUUUAAUGUCUCAGUUUUGGACUUAAAUUGUCUAAAUGGAUAGAACACGCAGGGGAGCUGAAUUGUUUUUAAGGGUUAAUUGUUGAUUGAUACCCUGUAGUAUUGUUGUUCUGAACUUAUGACCCUCCAGUUU